GAGGCCCCGCCCUCUUCCGCCAACGCAAGGCCGAAAGCAGAACGUCUGCGAAGCGCCCGGGCGGUGCUAUGAGCGCCCGCUCGCCCUCCUGUUGCUUGCACAACCCGGCUGCUAGUUAACCGCCUGCAAGCAUGCUGAAGCCUGAAAGGGAGUUGCUAUACCUUUUUAAGUUCCAAGCGGGAAAAGCCCACAGACUAAGCGGCGAAGAGAGAGAACAGCUGCUGCCCAAUCUCAGAGCUGUUGGAUGGAAUGAGGUGGAGGGUAGAGAUGCCAUUUACAAGGAGUUCCACUUCAAGGACUUCAAUCGGGCCUUUGGAUUUAUGACCAGAGUAGCUCUGCAGGCAGAAAAACUGGACCACCACCCUGAAUGGUUCAAUGUCUACAACAAGGUUCACAUAACCUUGAGCACCCAUGAGUGUGGAGGCUUAUCGGAGCGGGAUAUCAACUUGGCCAGCUUCAUAGAGCAAGUGGCAAACACGCUGGCUUAGACUCGGCCACCCCUGCCAUCUACAGUCUUCUAUUGUGCAAGCCAAUGCCGAGGGAGAAGUGUGAGGUGUUGAUGCAGAUAAUUAUUUUUAUCCAGUUGCUGACAGAGCCUAGGUAUUAGCCCAGUGCAUGAUGGUACCAUGCCAUUUUAAAAAUCCAUGCCAUUGCAUUAUUUUGUGUUUUUUUUGUCAAAGGUGUCUUGUGCCAUGUUUAUUGCCUCUCAGAAUUCAGUGUUGCUACUCCGUAGUCUGUUCAAGCAGUAUUAUACCAGCACAGUAAAAAGCUACCUUUGGGGUAGGCGAUAUAUCGUC